CCCGUGCCCGCCCCUCGCCGGCGGGCGCAGGCGUGCAGCGGAGCCGCGUUCUCGCGAGGAGCUUGGGGCCGCCGCGGAGGCGCGGGCCGGGCCGGGCCGGGCGAGAAACUUGAUCUAAAAAGGCCCGGUGUGCAGAGGCCAUGGGUUUGUCCGCAUCCUCCCCGGCUGCUGCAGAGCAGUCACCGAAUGCAUCCAGGCAAUAUCACACGGCGUCUCCCCCGUCAGAAUGUCCCAUGCAUCAGGAAAAAAUGAGCGGUUGUCCAAUGCACAUGAAGACUGCUGAUCAUAGAACUGAGAAUACAGAUGAUGUUCCUGCACAUCAAGAAAGAGCUUAUGAGUUUGUAGCAUGUCCUGUGAAGUCUGGUGCUUCUCAAGUGAAAGAUGACAUAGAUCCCAGCAAUAUGAUGCCUCCUCCCAAUCAGCAGCCAUCCCCAGGUCAACCAUUUCCACUGUCAACUGUUAGAGAAGAAUCUUCUAUUCCUAGAGCACAUUCUGACAAGAAAUGGGUCUACCCUUCAGAGCAAAUGUUCUGGAAUGCUAUGCUAAGAAAAGGGUGGAGGUGGAAAGAUGAUGACAUAACAAGUGAAGACAUGACCAACAUUAUUAAGAUUCAUAACCAAAAUAAUGAGCAAGCUUGGAAGGAGAUUUUGAAGUGGGAAGCUCUACAUGCUAUGGAAUGUCCAUGUGGGCCGUCACUGAUGCGGUUUGGAGGCAAAGCAAAGGAGUACUCACCAAGAGCCAGAAUACGUUCAUGGAUGGGGUAUGAGCUGCCUUUUGAUCGGCAUGACUGGAUAGUGGACCGCUGUGGGAAGGAAGUGCGCUAUGUUAUCGAUUACUAUGAUGGCGGGGCAGUGGACAAGAACUACCAGUUCACCAUCUUGGAUGUGCGCCCUGCGCUGGACUCGCUCUCGGCCGUCUGGGACAGAGUGAAGGUGGCCUGGUGGCGCUGGACUUCCUAACUGCUCCUGUGGUGUGUACUCAAACAGUAACCACUUUCCUCCUAGACAAGGGACAUGUGAGUAUCAGGACUUGAGAGAGAAGUUCACUGCAGCUGUCAUUGCUUUCAUCAUCACCACUGUUCUUUGGGGGUGGGAAAAUCUCUUGUUAAGUACACCAAUGUGAUGUGGUGUUUCAAAUGGAAUAAUAAAGUUACAGUGGCAAAAACAUGUAUCUUAAUUUUCUUAAAAACUGGGAAGCCUUUCUUACUUUGUCUCAGAUUCUGUGUAAGCUCGCCUUCUUUUCAUUUGAUGACUUGAGUGCUGCUCCGAAUACAUUACUAUUCUGAUUCUGACUGGAGUUCUGAGUAUUACUUAGUGAAAACUGGAAAUUUCAUAAAUUAUUUCACAUAAUUAAAGUAUUUGGAUACCUCCAUGAUGAAUAAAGGGUAAAAGAUCUGGACUCUUUCAAAUUACAUGUUUUAUUUACACUGUAGAACCAUGUAUUUGUUUUCACGUUUUACCUAUUCAAAUACAUACUUCCUCAGAAAACUUCAGUUAAUCAGUUAAAGGAGGUGUAGUGUAGUAUGAGUAUUUUAAAGGUAUGUUAUGUAGAAAAGGAGAAUAUACUCCUGCCUUAAUCUGCAAUUUAUCUUUGAGCAGAAGAACACCAGUUAGAAGCAGGAAAUGAGUGUUACUUUUAAAACAGCAUUUUUAAAAGGACAAAAAAUUGAUAUUUAAUGGCUAUUUAUUUGAAUAUUUAAUAUUGAAUUUGAAGGUGGUUUUCUGAUGUAAGAAAAUGCAUUAUUUUAGUAUUUUUAUGUCCUUAAUGUGUGUCAUGUAAUGAAUUCAGGACAGAGCUAAGCCUUAUUUAAAGAACCUCCUGCAGUGCAUCUGUAUUCAGCAUCCUGGCUGUGUUAAUGAUAUUACAGCUUGGGUUUUUAUAUCAUGAGGAAUUGCACAAGGGGGAGUGACUACACAGUCACACAUGUGAGUAUAGUGAGGUAUAUUCCAGGUGUGUAUAUAACUGGGCUAAAAGGGUAUGAAAAGUGCCAGGGUUGAUUGGAGUGUUUUCUAGGAGCGAUGCACGGUGUAAAGAUUUGAUUAUUGUUUGUGCUUAGUAAGGGAAACUAACUUUUCUCUUUUAAGUCUUCCACUGUAAUAGCUUUAAGUUUGCACAACUCAUUAAGUUUCGGGUGCUGUGCAAAACACUUGAGAAUGGAAAGGAGUAAGACAUUAUUACAUUGUAGCUUCUCAGAUAGGGGAAGCUGCCUUCUUGAAACUCCCCAGCCUUAACGGGGAACUAGCUGUACAUUUCAUUUUCUGAAAGUGGCCUAUAUUUAAGUGACAUUGGAAGCUUUUUUUUUUUUUUUUUUUUUAUGGGAAGUUCCUCUCAAUGUUUCAGGAAAGUCAUUUCCCAUUUAGGGAAAAACUAGUCAGGGAAGCUUUCCUACUUCAGAAUUCUAAUGGUCACAAAUAGUUCCUACUUCAGAGGCAACUAUUGUGCAAGGUAGAAAUAAAUAUUAUGCAGAAUCCUAAGAGGAAAACCAUGCUCUUGCCCAUAUCCACUUUGCUUAUUCCUUUUUCACCUUCAGUGAUUCAGAUAUAGAUAUAUGCAUGAUAAACAGAAGAAAAAAAUUCCAUCUGAGUAGGCACUGUAUGGAUGAUAUAAAUGAAAAGUGAGUUUGUAUGAAGCAUAUCUGACAAUGAAGGAACUGCUCUGUUCUAACAGUAAAGAUUGAGGAGCACUCUUUUUGGGGUGGUGGGUUGUUUUUAGGAUUUUUUUUUGUAGCUGUUGGUUUAUGCAUUUGGCAGCUUGAUACACUGAGGAUUCUGUAUUUCUCAUAACUAAAUACGGAAAGGCUACACCACUGUAGGGAGUACUUCAGAAGCUUCAAAAGCACGAGUUUGCUUUGUUGAUUUCAGCAGUAUGAUGUGGAGAGCAUUAUGGAAAUUGGAAUUGCUGCCAAAUCUGGGGAAACUGUCACAAGCCACUUCAUGUGUUUACUAUCUCCUGUUACGUUCCAUCUUCCACAGAUUCAAAAUUGUUCUUUUCUGUGCUACUGUUAAUGAAAUGUACUACUUUGUCAUCAAACUAAAAGGAGAAUCAAAUAAAUAUACUUUUCUUAA